AUGGGCUGGCUCUGGGGCUCCUCGAGCAAUGCCUCGGACCCGACGACGCAGCUGGACCCGAGUCUGAAGAAAUUCCUAGACAAGGAAUCCGCCGACGCGUCCACAGCACCAGCGCUGCACAAAGAGGCGCCCAAGCCCGCGCUGCCAAUCGUGCAGCCAACACCCACCGACGCACCAGCCUCCUCGCAGCAACCCAAGCACGACACCAACAACAAGAACAACGUCCCCGCCGAAUCGCUCUACCAAGACGGCCGCUACGCCCACCUCUGGAAGACCUACGAGCCGCUCACAGCCAUCGAAUCGCGCGCGAAAUCCGACCAAGAAAAGCUCUCGGACAUCAUAAGCGCGUACAACGAGCGACGGGAGAACAUCGGGCGCGCGGCGCUCGAGAACUGCGCCGUCGAGCAGAUUGCGCUGAGCGACUGUUUCCGCACGGGCAGCUGGGCCGCGCGGCUGACCAUGUGUCGCGCCGAGACGCGCGAGCUCGACCGCUGCUACACGAUGCAAGCGCGGUUCCUGAAGGCGCUGGGCUACCUCAGCGAGGCGGGCCGGGACGAGCGCGCCGAGGAGCGCGUCCAGAUGCACGCGGAUCGGCUUUAUCAGCGCAUGCUGGCGCAGGAGCGCGCGGUUGCGGAGGCGAAGGAGAAGGGCGAGACUCCGCCCGUCUUCGGCAGUAUUCUGUCCAAGGCCAAUGUCGCGGCCGCGAUGCGUGGCGAUGUGCCUGACGCGGCGCCGGUGAGACCCGAUGUCGAGGCCAAGUUGCGCGCGUUCGAGCAGGGCGAACACGUUGCUAGUCUGGAUGAUUUGAAGGGUUUGGCGCCUAAGGCUAGACAGGAGUUCGAGGACCGCCUUAAAAAGAUGUCUACUGAGGAGCGCGAGCUCGAGCUGCGCGCUAUUGUGGGCGAGUGGGCUAGCGCGCAGGCCCUGACGAAGCAGGUUGAGGGCUUCUAUGAGGAGGAGAGGAAGAGGCGGUUGGUGAGGCAGGGCGAGGGCAAGGAGACGGUUGGGGAUACGCUUAAGAGGUGGUGGGGGUGGUGA